UAAGUAAAUCGAUGUUUUGAAUCAAUUCUGAGGCGAGACGCAUGAUUUAGUUACUACGCAUGCGCGUUCUCCUGGACCAUCCUCCGGUCCAGUAGGGGGCGCUGUGCGCCGAUGUUUUCCUGCUACUACAUGUGACAUUGAAGCCCAGAGAGGCACCAUGAGGCUCACGGUCCUGCUGUCGAUGGCAGCCAGGGUUGUCGUGCCUAAAGAUUACCGGUAUGGCACCAACAGACCCUGGACCCCAGCUGCCAAGAGGCUAAAUCCUCCAGGGAAGAAAAGGAGAAAGGUGUUUGUGGAGCCGAUAGCACCUGAAGACUGGCCUGUGUUAAGAGGUGACAGGGUUGAAAUUCUCACAGGGAAGGACAAAGGGAAGCAGGGGAAGGUGGUCCAAGUCUUCAGACACAGAAACUGGGUUAUCCUGGAGGGACUGAACACACAUUACAGGUAUAUAGGAAAAACGGAGGAUUAUCGUGGCACCUACAUUGCCAGUGAGGCACCGCUCCUGCUCCGUGAUAUUGCCCUCGUUGACCCCUCAGACAGAAAGCCCACUGAAAUAGAGUGGAAAUACACAGAAGAGGGUGAGAGAGUGCGUGUAUCUCUCAGGACGGGCAGAAUCAUCCCAAAACCUGUUGUGGAGAGACGAGAUGGAAUUGUGCCAGAGCAGUGGAAAGAUGGUCCUAAGGACACCAGUCCUGAGGACACUCUAGAGAAGACGUAUACACCAUCUCUGAAAACACUGGAGGAAGAGGUCAUGGAAAAACUGGGUAUUCAGGAGAACAGAAGGCAUAAAAGGUCCUAUUGGUACUGACAAGAAAGACACGCUCCUUAUUAUUCUGUCUGUUUUGAACCUGGAUAUAGCUGAUGGUGAACAGAAAAUAUUUUCUGAAUCAUUCUGCAUUAGAAUAAGUAUCUGACUUUGUGUUCUUUUUUUUUUAAACAUUGUGAAUAAAUGUUUCAUGGAAACCA